AUGGCACCCAGCACUGCUUAUGACACCUUCAACUCUGAUGCUGAGGAUGGAGGUCCUGAAGACUUCAACCUUGAUGAAGGGACAGACAAUACUGACUUGGAAGACCUGGACAGCAAUACCAAACAGCACAGGCGACUUACUCAUGAACUGCACCAGACAAGGAAGGCUCUCUUCGAAGCCAAUAGCCAGCAUUCCAAGCAGUCCAGGAACAUGUCUAGCAAGUCAAACAGCCUCAUAACUCAUAUUGAGCAAGAAGCAAAGAAAUACCUCCUACUGUAUCAUUUUUUCAUCAUUCAAAGCCUUUUCCCAGCAGCUCCAAAUCCCAAUACUGAUCAAUGCAAUCCAGCAUGGUGGAAAUCACAGGAUGGGAAGCUCAAGGGCACUCUGACUGAGCUUUACAAGAUGAUUCCUGCAGAUUUACAUAAGUUGAUGGUAACCUACAAGCAAUUUGGCUCUGUGGUACAUGUAAUUCCAACCUUGGUGACCACUAACAUAUUAAUUUGUUUUAAGUUCAUACAAGUGCAUGGUCAGGAGAGAUCCAAUGUCCCCAAAGUCAUCAAGGACUGUACUGGUGCAUUAUUCACUCCAUAUAACAUUUCACCAGAUCUCUUUACUGCAAAGCCCGCUCGUAAGAAGGACAGCAAGGCAUGCCUGGCACUCUUGAAGAAGGAUGGAGUCGGAGAAUACCCCCACUUUGCACCCAUUCUCUUUGCAGAUCCUAAGCAGAUGGUUACUGGAGGCUUCUUGAAGAGUCCCAUCCUAGUUAAGGUUAUCUGUGUCCUGAUGUUUGGAAAAUUGAUCCUCACAGAAAACAAAUGUGGAUGGCCCCCAGCCAGGGGUCAGAAGAUGGGUGUGCUGAGCAUUACUGAGGGCCUGAUUGCUGGUGCCUGCAUCUUGGUUCAAUUCCUAUUGUCACAUGAUCCUGAAUUAAGUGCUACUGGUGCAGAAAUACAGGUCAACUACCGAUCAGAAUAUGAUUUCUACCUCAAGAAGCUUUUCAAAGCAUCUCCUUGGGCUGGGUCUCAAUUGGCAAAUGUCAAAUCUGAGGUAUUUGCUAAUGUGGAGCAGCCACAUACUUGGGAAGAUGAAUUUUUAGACAAACUCAACAACAUUGACCCUGCUGAGAGUCACACCCCACCUGUUUCCACACUGCAUGACCUCAAUGCCCCUGGUGGCCAUGAUUCAGAUCUAUGUGACUCCAAUCUGUCAUUGGUCUCUCACACUCCAUCACCUGUUGCCAGCUCAGUCACUCAUUUCAAUCCCCCUCACUCUCAUCCAGCUAGUGUCACUGCUGCACAAGCUGAUCUCAGUGCUCAAACUAUUUCUGGUGCUUCUUGUUGA